AUGCGGGUCGCUCCGCCGUUAUGGUUGGCUAGGCACAUAUCCUAUAAUCCUGAAUUUUUUCCUGGGAUGUGUCUAAGACUCAAGGAAUCGCACAUCGUUGUUAUAGUAUUCGCAACCGGAAAAUGCAUUAUUACCGGAGCACAAUCAGAAGAAGAAAUUUAUUCAACUCAAAAUAAGAUUUACAAUUCAAUUUCAAUGUUUUUGAAAAAAUAAAUUAAAAAAUACUUUUGUUAAUUUCGGUUCGUAAUUCCAUCAAUAAUUCACCAAGUUUGUUCUCUCCCUCCCAAAUAUUUGGAUCAUUCAGACACGGGCUUUUAUGGCUCAAUCCAUUACUC